CGUCAGAAGCUGAGGAUGCCAAUGACAACACUGCAUCCAGGAAAUCACGAGUUCCAAGAUUCUAUGAAAUGAAGGAUUGGCGACAUGCAGAAGCGUUUUCAAAGGGUGUCUCUCUUGUGGAGGAGUUUUCUCUUCCUAUGGAAGAGAGGGUGGCAAAAGAGCAGCAACGAGCUGCAUAUGCUUCAAAGCAUGAUGAUGUCAAGAUAGUAGGAGGAGGGGCACGGGAAAUUUCUUUCAAGCCUAGAAGCUCCAAGAAGUACGUGGAGGAUGAUGAGGAGAAGGAAACGCGACGUGGAAAGAGGGGAGUCCAAUCAUUGAAUCUAAAAGACGGGUCUGGUUUCCGAGGCCGUGGAAGAGGGGGAUUUCGUGGGAGAGGGCGAGGGCGAGGGCGAGGGCGAGGGCGAGGACGAGGGCAUCAGUGAACUUGACUAGAAUAUUUGAGAGGGAUGGAUGGAUGUAUCUGCAUACAGUGUUACGAGCCAUAGGGCGAAAUUUUGACUUGUAGCCCAGCUGUACAAUAAGAUUAUUCAAAGUGGUAGUUUAAAAUAUUAUUAUUUUUCAUUAUUAUUGCAGGAUAAUCAUUUGUAGAAUCGAGUAUUGUAGUGAAUGCAAAAACAUCGACCGCGUUCUGUUGUACCUCUUUUACACACCUGUUGAUAAUAUACUCUGAAAAUCGUGAGCCCA